AUGACGAGUAGAGAAGCUGACAAAAUAUUCGAUAAUGGUUCACUGAACGUCUGCCCGCUUUCUCUCUUGCGUUUCACUCUUUCACUCUUUCGCUCUCUUAUUCACAAUGUGAACGUCUCGCUUUUUUUUUUCUCUUUUUCUUCUCUUUUGCUGCUGCAUUUCCCCACCUUUCCUUCUGUUAUAUUAUAUCAUUUCCCCACUCUUAAUUCUUCUUUGCAUUGUUCUUCCAUUCUCUCCUUCAUUCUUUCUUCCAUUCUCUACUUCAUUCAAUUCUUUCAUUCUCUCCUUCAUUCUUUCUUCCAUUCUCUACUUCAUUCAUUUCUCCCAAUUUCUCCUUUAUUCCUUUCUUCUAUUCUCGUCUUCAUUCUUUUCUUCCAUUCUCUCUUUCUUCCAUUCUGUCCGUCAUUCCUUUCUUUCAUUUACCUCUUCAUUCCUUUCUGCCAUUCUCUCCUUUAUUCCUUUCUUCUAUUCUCUCCUUCCUUCCUUUCUUCCAUUGUCCCUUCAUUCAUUUCUUCCAUUUUGCCCUUCCUUUUUUCCUUCGCACCUUCUUUCUUUCUUUCUUUCUUUCUUUCUUUCUUAACGUAUCUCCUCCAUUCCUUUCUUCCAUUCACUCGUUCAUUCUUUUCUUCUAUUCUCUCCUUCAUUUCUUUUGCUCUCUUCUCUUUUUCAUCUCUUUCUUCCAUUCUCUGCCUCAUUCUUUACAUUCAUUCAAUCCUUCCUUUUUUUCGUCCAUCCUCUCUUUUCUUUAAUUUUCUCCUUCUUUCUUUCUUUCUUUCUUUCUUUCUUUCUUUUCUUCCAUUGUAUGUUAUUCUUUUCUUUCAUUCUCUCUUUCAUCCUUUUCUUCUAUUCUCUGCGACAUUCUUUUCUUCCAUUCUCUCCUUUCUUUCAUUUACAUCUUCAUUCCUUUCUGCCAUUCUCUCCUUCAUUCCUUUCUGCCAUUCUCUCCUUCCUUCCUUCCUUUCUUCCAUUUUCACUUCAUUCAUUUCUUCCAUUUUGUCCUUCCUUUUUUCCUUCGCACCUUUGUUCUUUCUUUCUUUCUUUCUUUCUUUCUUUCUUUCUUUCUUUCUUCUAUUCUCUACGUCAUUCUUUUCUUCCAUUCUCUCUCUUCUUUCCUUUCAUUCAUUCUCUGCUUCAUUCCUUUCCUUACUUCUCUUCUUCAUUCCUAUAGACCAGUAUCUAUCUAUCUAUCUAUCUAAUUUUUAG